GAGGAGAGGCGGCGGUGAUUCCCUGGGGAGCCCUGCAGAGCGCCUCUGAGUCUUCUCUGAGCGGCUGCCGCUUCCGUCGAUCGCCAGCCUGGGCUCUAUGUAAGCUUCCUCCCCCCCCCACCCCCUUUAGCUCAGAGUUAGCAGCAGCGCGCAACAAGUUGCUUAGGGAGAUGUAAGCACCUCGUCUUAUCUCCAGACUGAACUCAGCGUAAGACAGCCAGAAAAUCGGCAAAAUGAUAGCAGAACAAGAUAUGAGUUUAGUGUUGCAAAACUGAACGGUUUUGUGUAUGACCUGUUACUGGAAACAGCUGUCAACAUUGCCAGUUAUGGCUGCAGUCAUCAAUUCAUCGUUUUUGAAUUUUAAAGAUGGUCAUAUUGACCUGCCUUCUGAAGCUAAUGAAGCGUUGCUGCUUAUCAUGCUGGGGAAAGUAUUUCUCAAUCUCUUUCUAUUGCAAGUCAGAAAACCCAGUCACCAUCAGAGUUUUAUGAGCUACUUCUGCAUUUCACUAGCUAUCUUUGACUUGAUACUUCUGGGAAUGAUGUUCCUCAUUUUCUGUAAUCGGAAUGCUUUGAUUGGGGAGAUUAGGUUUACUGAGUAUCACAUCUGUCUUUUGCCUCAGAUCACCGCCUUUGUCUAUGGAAUUUUACAUUACCCAGUUUCUUUGAUAGCUGGUUUGGAUUAUUGCAUUACAAUAACCCACACUUCCAAAUAUCAGAAUAAAUGUUGGAAAUCACUGUACAUAGUUGCUGUGUUACUCACAUGGAUUUCUGUGCUUGGUUAUGUUCUGAAUCUUCAGAGCAGUUCUUUAUGGCCAAACCUAAAUAAUGACAAUUAUGGACAUCAAUGUCCUUUCUACAUUAGCAGCCAAACUUACUGGCUCUCGCUUGGUAUGUUGUCCAUAAUAUGCUUGGUUCUUGUUUUCUGUUGGUCAGAAAUUAUAAAUAUGAUGCAAUCCACUCAGUUUAUUUCCUUUGAUAGAGACAUUGUUCUGCUGUUUCCUUAUGAACUUGAGGGCUGCGCCAGAGAUCGUUCAAAACAUCUUUUGUCAAGACUUCUGAUCAGCUUUAUGGGCACUUGGACACCAUUUAGUAUGCUCCAAAUGCUCAUUGUGUUACUUAAUGCUGAGAUUCCUGCCCACAUUGAGAUGAAUGUCCCCUGGCUUUGUUUUGUCAACAGCUUUCUUAUUGGGAUUGCAUGUUGGGUGAGAUGCCAAGACAUUGAGUUCACUGAAGACUCUUGGGAUGUGGAUCCAUUUGUCAGCUGGAAAUUUUGCUUUACACCUUCCAGCUUUCAAAACACUGAUAAAGCUGUAAAGCUGGACAAUGAAAUCAUAAUCUGUUAAUGAGCUAUUAUAUGAUAAUAUAGACUGGAUUGCAAUCAAUGGAGAAGGCUGCAAGUUAAGUUUACGAACUACAGGAGAGGAAGAAAAUCAAAUGAGAUAUUGGUUGAAAAUCUUCUCAAGUUCUGCGUGUAUAGGAACAUGGCAAUAUAAAAGAAUACUACACUGUUUUCCAAGUUGAAUUUCCAGUAUGGGUUGUUAUUUUAAAAUAAAGUAAUGAAGUAUUUACUAUGUUGCUAUUGAUUGAUGGAUUAUGUGCCAUCAAGUAAUUUUUGACUCCUAGCAAUUACAGAUAGAUUUUCUUCAUGGACCAUGUGGUUAUAAUUAACAUUAACGAAGGAUGUAACCCAACAAGUAUCAAAUUCUUAUUUGAGAAUGAUUACCUCACAAGGUUGCUAUUAUACAAAAAAAAUGGAGAUCCCUAUAUAAGCUAGGAAGGAAGAAGAAAAGAAGGUAAGUAGGUUUGGGGUAUCCUGUAUUUUCAAUAUAAGAUGACUUAAAUGAGUUGGUCAUUUUGUCAAUCAGAAUUGGUUCAUUUAUUUUGAAUUUAUUAGCCACCCAACUCCAAUGAAGUCCUUCAAAGAAUAAAACUAAAUGAUAACAAACUUAAAAA